CAUACAGCCGCUACAGUAGUCUGUCAGGAUCACGACUAGACCCGAGUAAUUUCCUGCGGGGAUUAUCAUUCGUGACCCUGGUCAGCAGGAUCACGACAUAUGAUCCAAGUGUACUCCGUAAUUGCUGAGGAUACAGCCGAAUCGUUCGGUAGGGCUUGUUCCUGUGUAAGGCAUAUGGUCAUAUCCAAUGACACAAUGGAGCAGAGCAAAAAAGUGAAGCAGACCAUCGAAUCUUCAACAACGCGAGGGAUCUACAGCAGCACAAGAACAGCACUCCAAACCAUACAAGAGUGUAUGAGAAUGAACGAUAUACUCGACCUUUACCUCCGCGCCCGGCAUACGCAGAAUUAGGCCUGGCUGUGGAAUCAGAUACAGACGAUAUGGACGACGCUGACGACACCAGCGACGCCGACGCCGACACUGCUCAGUUCCUAGUCGGCUUUGAAUCAAUACCUGUAGAGGAUUUCUGGGACCCGGCAGAAAUCUCCGAUUUCAGCGACGAGGUCUUCUUCGGCUACUAUCAAACUCGAGGUUUCCCGCAUGGCUUUGGGGCAGCAACUCCACAGUCGACGACCGAUAACGCUGCCGACAUUGGCGCUGAUCCGAUCAAUCAUACUGAUGCUACACACAACCGGGCAGCCGAUCUCGUCUUAGACAUCGAAUCAUUAACCGUGACCGACCCUGUACCAACGAAUGUUUCUUCAAACGAGCCCGUACCAACGAAUGGUUCUGCAGAUGCGCCCGACUCUGCUGACGUCUUGGACAGCAAAGACGCUUCCUCUGUGUCAUCCAUACUUGAGAAGCAGUUGAAGGCUGAAAGGGAGAAGAACAAAGCUCUGGAAAAGGAAUUGAGCUCAACACAGGAAGCGCUGAAGAAGGAAAAGUUGUACCGACAAUGCGGUAUGUGCUAUGAAAGGCCUACCAACACUGUCACGAAAUGCGGCCAUAUUUUUUGCGGCGAAUGCGUUACAAGCUGGCAGAGGGAGCACCCUCAACCUUUUCAGACUCCAUGUCCAAUGCGUAGGAAACCAAUGGGGAAAACGAUAAGGAUAUUUACGGAAUAGGAGUCUAUUUGGGGUGCGCAACAAGAAUCAGAUUGUUUGUAACAAGUUGCAAUUUGGCACAAAGCAUGGGGACAUUAAGAGAAUAGGGUUUGACUUGAUAGUGAUGCAUCAUGCAACCAUUUCAUUAUAUACCGAAGCGGCCACAACUGUGUAGGAUUCAAUCAAUCAAUAGAGCAGAGUAAUUGAGCUUCUGUGCUUGCAUACUGUACUAGAGGUGGGUCCUGGAGUUCUGCC